AUGUCCUUUCAGAAGACGAUCCCAUUAUACCCUGACAUGGCGCCAGGUCCCGGUACAAAAGUCGGAGAAAACGAAGUCAACUCAACCCUCUUCUCCCCUCUCCAAGUCCGAGGUCUUACCCUCCAAAACCGCAUCGCCGUCUCUCCCAUGGGAAUGUUCAGUGCCAACGAUGGACACCUCACUGACUUCCAUCUUGUCCAUCACGGUGCCUUCGCUAUGAGAGGUGCCGCGCUCGUCAUCGUUGAAGCUACCGCUGUAGCUCCCAACGGUCGCGUCUCAACCAGAGACUCGGGUCUUUGGAAGGAUAGUCAGAUUGCACCUUUGAAACGGGUAGUUGACUACAUUCAUGCCCAAGGACAGAAAGCAGGUAUACAGCUCUGCCAUUCUGGUCGCAAGGGCUCCAUGCUCCCACCCUGGCUUGCCAAAGGCAAUCCGAUGGUGCACUUCCCACUUGCAAAUGAGGAAGCUGGCGGAUGGCCGAAUGACGUCUGGGCGCCGAGUGCGAUUUGCCAUGGCCCUGGGUAUCCUAUGCCGAAAGAGAUGGGGCAUGAACAAAUUGAUCUUGCGGUUGACCAGUUUGCUAGUGCCGCUAGAAGAGCUGCUGAGGCUGGCGUUGACUUUAUUGAACUCCACGGCGCUCACGGAUACUUGAUCCACGCCUUCCUAUCCCCUCUCACGAACUGCCGCACGGAUGAAUAUGGCGGGUCUUUCGAGAACAGAACGCGCUUCUUGUUCCGUGUCCUGAAAGCCGUCCGCGAUGCCAUACCAGACACCGUUGUCCUCUCACUGCGCAUCUCGGCCGUUGAGUGGAUGGAGUGGAGUGGCCAAGACUGUUGGACACUUGAGGAAUCCAUCAAACUUGCCAAGCUUCUUCCCCAGGCGGGAGUUGACAUUCUUGAUGUCUCAUCUGGUGGUAACCAUAAUGACCAAAAGAUCGAUAUUCAUCCAUACUAUCAGGUUGAUCUUGCAUACCAGAUCCGACGGGCCAUCAAGGCUGAUGGUAUCGACAUGCUGAUUGCCGCCGUUGGGUUCAUCGAUAACCCUUCCAUGGCUGAGAGUGUCGUUCGAGGUAACGGCAUUUCCAGCAGAGUGCGGAAGACGAACGGAACAAACGGAGAGGAUGACAGGGGAAGAUAUCAGGAGCCUCAGGCGGACUUGGUUAUGGUUGGAAGGCAGUUCUUGCGAGAUGCGGGUUUCGUGCUGACUGCUGCCAAGGAGUUAGGCGUGGAAGCGCAGUGGCCUCUUCAAUAUUCAAGGGUUAAAUAG